AUUCCAUCCCCAGCUUCCCUCUUGUCUCCUUCCUCUUCUUCUGCCCCCUCCCUUCCUCUGCGCGCACGGGCAGAAACAGAGAUACAAACCCAUCUCAGUUUAUCCAUCCAGUGUCCUUUGUAGCUAAAUCAAGCCACUUCAAUUCUGUGCGCUCCAGACUGAGGAGGAGGAGGAGCGAAAGGGGGGCAGAGGAUCGGAGAAAAUGGAGGAAAGAAACAUGAAGGGUGGAGAAAAGUGCAGUGGGAGUGGGAGUCGGAGUAGUAGAGAAGAGCACGUGGAGGACACGUGCGUAUCGUGCAGAUCAUCCCUAUCCUUCGGCCGGAAGUGCAGUCACGUUGUGAAGAAGCAGCGUGCCAAGUUCUACAUCCUCCGCCGCUGCGUCGCCAUGCUCGUGUGUUGGCACGAGCGCCGUGACUCUUGAAAAAACUAAUUAGUCAAGAGAUAAGUAGUAUUGAUUGAUGCUACUGCCCCUUUUUCAGUUGGUUUAUUGCAUUAUACCUCUGUAAAAUCAAGUUAGGAUUUUGUACUUAAAUUAUUUGAGGUUAUUUUCAGCAAUUAAUAUUGCUCAAUUUUACUUC